AGCAAACACUGUUGAUCACUCUAAAAACCAGACAUUUGUAGCACAGAAAUGACACACCAAACUGAUCAUCUUCCUGGGUUUAGAUUCCACCCCACAGAAGAAGAGCUUCUUGAGUUUUAUCUGAAACAUGUGGUUUCUGGCAAGGGGCUGCAGUUUGAUCCUAUUGGAACUCUUAAUAUCUAUCAUCAUGAUCCUUGGGAGUUGCCUGGAUUGGCAAGGAUUGGAGAGAGAGAGUGGUACUUUUUUGUGCCAAGAGAUAGGAAGCUUGGUGGGGGUGGGAGGCCUAAUAGAACCACCAAAAAUGGUUACUGGAAAGCUACUGGAUCGGACCGAAAGAUUGUUCGGUUAUCGGAUCCUAAACAACUCAUUGGAUUGAGAAAGACGCUUGUGUUCUACUCGGGAAGAGCGACUAGAGGAAGCAAGACUGAUUGGAUCAUGAAUGAGUAUCGUUUUCCUGAUAACUCACCAUUGUCAAAGGACAUGGUACUAUGCAAAAUCUAUAGAAAAGCAACUUCCUUGAAAGUGCUAGAGCAAAGGGCAGCCAUGGAGGAGGAAGAUGCUAAGCAUUUUCAGGCUUCCUCUUCACCACCUGCAUCACCAUUUGAGUCCAUUUCCUUUUGCAGCCAACAGGAAGAAAUGGUUCCUUCUGUAAUCCCAACCCAUGAAGUUCUCAAGAAAGAACUAGAAGUGGCAGCCAUGGUGGCUAGAACAAAGGAAGAGAAAGCAGUGGAGCCAAAAUUUACCUAUACACCUUUGCAAAUCCCAUCAGAGCUGGAUAAACUGGACAUGGACUGGUCCCAAGACCUAUUUUGGAGUCAACUUAACAGUCCAUGGCUUCAAACUUUGACCCCAUACAUGCUUAAUUUCUAACGUUUAUGCAUAGCAAUAGCCCCAUAGCCCCAAAUAUAUAGGUUGUAGAUCACCUGUAAAUUUCCUAUCGUAACAGCUCAAGU